GUCAUACUAGGUUAAUCACAAUUCUUCAUAGUUUUCAUCUCAACAACAUACAUGAUGUGUAGCGCCUCCAACCCUGAACAACCACCACCUCAUAAAGAUAACCAUCUUUUGUCAUUGCCUGAAGAUAUCGUUUUAAGCUGUCUAGCCCGUGUCCCACGAAACUGUAACCUAAACCUCACUCACGUAUCCAAAACCCUAAAAACCUUUGUUAGUUCGCCUGAGCUCAACCGCUUGAGAUCCCUCCUGCACAAGAGUUCCCUUUAUGUAUGUUUCUACGAAAUUAACGAUAAUACGUGGACCCACCGGUGGCUUACCAUUGAGAAAACUACGACUGAGUAUCGAUUGGUUCUGUUCCCUUGUCAUCCUUACCCUAUCAAGUCCCGCUCUUCAGCUGUCUCUGUGGGACCAGAGAUCUACUUCCUCUCGGAUGAUCUUUGGAUUCUUGAUACUCGAUCUGGAAAGUUUAGCCAGGGACCAAGCCUGAAACCUGGGUUCCGGAGUAAAGCCGCGGGAGUAAUCGAUGGUAAGAUAUACGUGAUCUGUCGUUGUUAUAUAUUCGGAGGGGUUGACAGGAAGAAGAUUAACGUAGAAGUGUUGGAUCCAAAAUCAAAAAUUUGGAAAUCUGAGGGGCAGGAGAAAGUGCAACCAAGAAUGUGGUGUGAUAAUAUGGUAAGGUUUGCUUCACUGGAGCGAAAGGUUUACAUGGUGGAAGCUGGUCUAAUCAGUGUAUACAAUCCAAGAAAAGGUGAAGGAGAGCGUAUGGAUCAAAUGGUAAGUAACAGACUGGCUGAAUCUAAUCCGAGAGAGGGCAGAAGAAAGGAGAAGCUAGGUGAAGCAGUGUCUUGGGUGUGUGUGGUAGAGAAUGUUCUCUAUGCUUGUUAUUGCAGUAGUGGGUUAAUGUGGUUUGAUACCAAGCUCAACGUUUGGAGAAGAGUGGUCAGUCGUGCUGAGGAAGUGUGUCACUUUGGUGAGAAGCAGGCAGUGGCGGAAUACCAAGGGAAGCUAGCGGUUUUUGAGUUCGUUAAGCAUGACCUAGUCGAUAAUACUAAGAGCGUUAAGAUGUUCUUGUUCUCGUUCCUUACAGUUGGAGAAAAGAUUCUUGGGACGAUCGAGUGGUCUGGUAUUGUAGCCACGGUCCCAUAUGGCAGUCAAUUUUUGCAUUGCUUCGGAAUGUAAUCAUAUGAAUAAUGUGUUCUUUUGUUCAAUGGAAUGCCAACUAAAAACGAUUUGUCAUGGAAGAAAGAAAAUAAUAAAGGCUAAAAAGUGUAUUUUAAAAAUUUAUCGCGAUCUUACUCUCUCUUUAUGCACCUGAAGGAAGAUAGUUUUUAGCCUCUUGUAUUUUCUUAUGCACCGGUGGGUGGCAAGUUUAUUGCGUUGCUGGAGCUGAAGGUUUACAUGGUGGAAUGUGGUAGAAACUAGUGUAUACAAUCCGAGAGAUCAUGUGGUGAGGAUGUUCUCUAUGCUUAUCAUGACGGGACUAUUGGUUUAUUAUCGGUAUAGUGUAUACGGUUUAGUUGUACAUUUUAGAUUCUAUAACCGGUUUGUUCCGGAUAAGCUGUUAACAUGUAUAUAACGUGUGUUGCUCACACUUUAUUCAAUAACAGAAAAGGCAUUUGCUUUACUCUCUCUCUCCUUUGUCAUCUUGUGUUCUUAUCUUCCAUGAAUGACGUAAGGAGAUCUUCAUCUUCUGUUCACCUCUGAAACACUAAUAUGGUAUCAGAGCGUUGAGCUCAAGCUCAA